AUGGUUGGACGAGUUGUGACAAUGACACCUCGUACUGAGGGCAAAGUCAAAACCAUUCAGGUUGUGCGUGACUUGAGUCCGGAUCCAUCAGAGGUGUACCACAAGGGUAGUGGUCAUCUAAACGGCAUCAUAGUCAAUAAAGAAAAUUCGAAAUCGUGUAAUGACUCAGAAAUGCAGGAAAUUCAACUCGAAUUUACCUGUUUAAUGCAUAACAGUCGAACGGAGGAGGGGCAUGCUGAAAAUCGCCGUCUUAAGUUCUGGUUCAUCAAGGAUACUGAUCGCAAUCGAAAAUUACAUGACUCAUAUGACUUUUUCAAGGACCUGGUUAAUCAAGAAACUUUCCCGAAAGAUUACGUUGGUUUUAUCAAACGUAUGCUGAAGCUUCUUCAAAGUGACCGUUAUCCGAACUUACGACGGGUUGACUUAGAUAUCGUGCCUCUAGAACCGUGUUCACAAGACGCAUUUGUUCCUGAAGUGGAUCAAAGGCCUGUAGAACUUGUGGUUCGUGAAGGCCUGCUAAGAACUUUGGAAGAUGCCUAUCCCAAUGUGCUUUCAAUGGACGAUCUCAUUCGCCUCACAAACCACGAUGACACUGGUCUCUUGGCUAAACAGUUGAGGGAGCUUGAGGCAACGAACUUCAUUCAACCGGUGUUUGAGGUGAUCGCCGGUGCUGCAAAGCUAAAAUCCAUCUCGGAUGAGCAGAAACCAACGGUUGCAAUCAUAACAAACCUAUUGUGCGAGAAGUUGGCAGUGGACUCACUGAUCGAACGUAAAACCACCUACAUCAGAUAUGAGACUAAGGGUGACUCCAACGUCUACACCAUCGGCUAUAUCGGUUCAGUGAAAGUGAUCUCAGUGAAGCUACCCAUGGUUGGUUGGGAGCGUCAAGCAAAGAUAUCGUCCGGUAGCAUCACCACCCGUCUUCUUGGUACAUUUCAGUCAAUUCAGCACGUAAUCCUCUGUGGAGUGGGUGGCAGUGUGCCGCAUGUUUAUGAAUUCAAGAAGCAUUCACGCCUGGGCGACAUUGUGGUCUCGGCUCCGAGUAAAGAGGGUUCAUACCCAAAUAAAUCCCAGCCAUGGUACAUCUUCUGCGAGGCAGUUGACUAUUUCAAUGGUAACGCUUCGUCAAUUGCGGACGGGGAUACAAACCAACAGAAGCAACAAGAGGUGGCUUUCACGCACAAGAAAUUUGCCCCCAAAAAUUCCUUCCUGUUGAACUGCGCCGAGGUCCUACUCGAAGUUGAUCCCACCUCCUGGCAUCACAUAAUCAAGGAGGGGCUGAGUAAUCUCAAGGAUCAUGAAUUCAACUUUAACCGACCGCCGGCUGAGACCGAUAAGCUCAAAAUUCAGAUUGGAGAUGAGAUGAUUGUGGAUGUGAAGCAUCCUGAACCACCGGGAGAGAUGCCUCCACCCCCUCUAGUCCGUCUCGGUUGCAUCGGGUCCGGUCAUGCGGUGACUCAGUGCCAAAGUUUCCGAGAUUUAUUUGCUGUCAAUCAGAAUCUGCUGGCUUAUGACGCCGAGUUUGAUCAGGUGCUUGAAUCUCUUUUGGGGAGUGGAGUGGCUUCCUUCCUCAUUGUUCGUGGCAUUGCGGAUUAUGCCGAGGGUCGCCAAGGAACUGAUGCAGGCGCAGCCUCAAUUAGUUGGCAACCUUAUGCGGCCCUUUCUGCUGCUGCAUUCACUCGAGCACUUGUUCUGAAAUUGCAAUCCAUGGAGUCACCGAGUCACAUUUAUAAGAUGACAGAGAAUGCAACUCUGAUGAAUACAUCUGGUGAUGGUCCCGAUAUGAAGCUCGGUCCUCCCUCCAAGCAAUCUGACGCGCUGGGAGGCGCGUUAUCAAGCACUAUUCUCUCUUCUGCCUUUAACACGAGUGGAGCUUUGCAACAGCUUAGCGAGUUUCUAAAUAUGCACGCGAGGGGAGGGACAAUGCAUGAUUUUAAAGGUCAGUGGUCUUGCAUUCUUGAUGCCGUUCUUCCAUCCCUAGGGAAUACGCCCACGAUUCCUAUAAACGACUUACGAGGUGAUGAGGCGAUCCGUUACACACGCGAGGAGAGGUUGGUUCGUUGCCAACUGGCAGCGCUUUGUCAUCUCAUCGAUUUGAACGGGUGGACGAAUUCAAUUUACAAUCAAAUAUCGGCAAAGUGCGCAGAAGACGAGUUUUUGGUCAACCCUUUUGGACUUCUCUACCACGAGGUGCAGGCGUCGACUCUGGUGAAAGUAAAUAGUCAAGGCAGUGUUUUGGAUUCCGGAAGCACGGUGCUGGGCGUUAACAAGGCUGGAUGGAACUUGCAUUCGGCCGUUCACAGCACUCGCAGUGAUAUCAACUGUGUCGCCCACCUUCAUCUCCCCGAUGUGGUCGCGGUUUCUUGUAUCAAAUCGGGCCUACUUCCAGUCAGCCCGGAGGCACUGGAACUACUACCCAGUGUACGAUACCAUGACUACGCUGGAAUCGUUACAGACGCCACUGAGGCCGAUGCCAUACGUGCAGAUUUGGGCAAUGCCAAGAUUCUCUUUCUACGCAAUAAGGGUGUCACGGUGGCUGCAUCUACUAUACCUGAGGCCUGGUACCUCAUGAAGCGAGUUAUUAGCGCCUGUCAAACUCAGGUAAGUGCAGUAGUACAUUUUAAGAUACUUCUGUGGUCUCUUUUAGCAGUGGUUGAUUCUGAUGGUUCUACUUCCUUAAGCGAGUCUUACCGAAUCGAAAAAUAUGGUACCAUUUACAUGCGACUUCUUCAGCUGGGAUGCGGUCCCAAUCUGCUCAGUGAAUUUGUCCUUACCCCUGCAAAAAGUGAUGCUGAAAAUGCAGCUGAAAAAGCACCAGAACAAUCAGGCGACUCCCACGAGGCUGUCGCUCAAAAUGCAAUCCCCUUUGCCUCCGAGUCGCACGUGUUUGCCAACAGCGAGACCAACGGCGACGACCACGUUAAUGGAAUUGGUGCCAAAUCGACUAGCAGUGGGGUGACUGAUCUCUCCGGUUGGGGUGUGGGUGAGAUGGAUUUCGAGGCUCAGAUGAGAAUGCUUGACAGCGCCGGCUAUCGAACGGGUUACGCCUACCGCAAUCCUAACCUCCUGCGUCGUCCACCCUCGGAGGUGCACUGGGGAUCGGGUACAACUCCACACCAGACAGAUAAUAUUUGCACCACUGGAUUCAGCGCCGACACUACAAUGGCUGAUACCAGUGGCAUAGAUGACGUGACGGCAGCUACCGAAGCGGGAGCUAGGCAGAUUUCUGAGAUCGCAAAUACAGUACGAUCUAACAGAGAAAAGGGUGUCCAACGCAACCAAUGGCUGUCUAAAACGACGACUGACCAUUUGUUCGUCUCCCAAAUCCCCAAACACUAUCAAUCGACACCGAUGAAUGGCCGAUAUAUGGAGGCAAGUGUGGAAGAGCUUCCGACUGCCGCGGCCAUUCCUCCUCUCAACUUGUCCCCCUCUUCACCCUCCACCCGAAAGUUGGGGCGCCGCAGCAAGACAUUUUCGUCUUUUUCAUCGCGCAAUCGUUUGAAGGAGCGUCAUGAGAAGUCGGAGUUAUUGAUCGAGGAGCCCCGAACACCGCCCAUAGCGAGAUCGGAUUUGGCAAGCAAAAGCGCCAGUCUUCCCGCACACGCAAGGAAUCUAGUCACCUACUCGGCUCGCAGCUGCAACACCCUCGAACCGAUCGACGGCGCAGCUUCUGACGAUGAGGAGCUUAAAUCCAAAGUUGGAAAGAAGAAGAGCAAGUGGGGCAGUUUUCGCUUCCCAACCUUCAAGAAGAAAUCUAAGCAGGCUUCGGUUGCAGUUUAA